AUGAUGUGGCAAUGCCAUGUGUCGUCCUCUGAGUGCCGCUGCUACCGGCUGAACGGCUUCUCCCUGCUGAAGCGCUUCCCUCUCUCGGCAGAUGGGGCAUGUGGUAAAGCCCUGGACCAGCCGGUGGGAGAGUGGCUGGAGCACGUGGGGCUGCCGCAGUAUGAGAGCAAGUUCCUGCUCAAUGGUUUUGACGACCUACGAUUCAUGGGAAGUAACGUGAUGGAGGACCAAGAUCUCAGAGACAUGGGCAUCACUGACCCUGGACAUAGAAAGAAAAUCCUCCACGCUGCUCGCGGCUUGCCCAAGGUAAAAGCACUGGGCUGUGAUGGCAGCACGUCUCUCGCCUCCUGGCUGGAUUGCCUUGGCCUGCAUGAAUAUCUGCCUAACUUUCUUUCGAAUGGCUACCGCACAUUGGAGUGUGUUAAGAACCUGUGGGAGCUGGAAAUUGUUAAUGUUAUUAAGAUCGGUGCUUUGGGCCACAGGAAGCGGAUCAUCGCUUCUCUAGCAGAGAGGCCAUAUGAAGAGGCUCCCUCCAAGUCCCGCCGCCUGUCCCCGAUAAUGUUCCAUGACCUCCUGUCCCAGAACACGUCUCCCCUCAGUCAGAUGGACCCCUACACCAGCCGCUCCAUGGACACGCUCCUGCCCCUGCACGAGACUGACCGGAGGCGGAGGGGCAUUGACCAGGACUGCAGCGUGUCUCUGCGCUCCUACAAUGAGAGGCCGCGCUCCGUAGACAGACACAGUGAGCGACACAAAGAGUCUCGCUUAAACCUCCGGCCACCGAGUCAAUCCGCCACGUAUGCCACAGUGUCCGCCUGGCAUCACCAGCCCGAAAAACUCAUCCUGGAGUCCUGCGGGUACGAGGCAACAAAAUCGAAGGAUUCCAAAAAGGGUCCUGUUGUCAUACUUUCCAUUACCUAUAGGGGGGUCAAGUUCAUUGAUGCAGCCACAAAGACCAUAGUUGCCGAGCACGAGAUCAGGAACAUCUCGUGCGCUGCCCAGGACCCGGACGACCUUUGUACGUUCGCAUACAUCACAAAGGACCUGAAGAGUGGCCACCACUUCUGUCACGUCUUCAGCACCGUGGAAGUGACGCAGACCUACGAGAUCAUCCUGACACUGGGCCAGGCUUUUGAGGUGGCUUAUCAAAUGGCCGUUCAGGCCAGGGCGAGACAGUACGUGCCCCCCUCGUCCCUGCCCUCAGAGUUCGUGGAAACCAAAGCCAGCCGCCCGGCGUCUCAGUCGUGGAGCAGCGCGCGCCGGUCGGCGGCAAAAACGAGCAUGUUCACCUUUAGUUUGCGAUGUCCUGUCCUGUGUUACCAGGCAUCUACCACUGUGAGGCGCUAUGCGGAGGCAGCUUUGCUAGCAUGGGGGAUUGCCAAGAUGGACAAUUGA